GCGAGAUUUGUUUGGUGUGCAUCAUGUCACUAUAGUAACUGUUGAGACAAGUCCACGCCUGGAUUUGGAAGGAAGUAACAUACUGGUCUCCUUGUAUACACCACAGACAGAGACUAUCAUAAACUACUUUAAAAAAAAAAAAAAAAAAAACAUAGAAGGUGCGGGAAUAUAUUCCUUACUGGAAACGUUACGUAAAUUGGAUUUGUUGAUUUGAAAUCGUGCGCCAGUCUCUAAUUAUAUUCUGCCGGUGGACAGAGUGGUGGCUGAACAACUGGGAGAACUGUGAAGUGUAUCUAACACAGUUCCCGCUUGUUGGUCUGAGAGGUGCAUUUAGUAUGUUUGAAAUGGCAGAGGAUUACAAGAUCUCCUCCACUGAGAAGCUCCAGUUAAUGGAGAAGGAACUGGCAGUGCAGCUGGUGGAACUGAAGACAGAGAUUGAAGAAAAUGGAGUUUUACAAGGAACACCUGCAAGGUCCUACAGCUCUGUGCCUAUUCCAAAAGAUAUUUCCUACUUCAGGAAAGAGAGGGAGCUGAUCUUGAGAAAAGGCUUGCAGGUAGCUGAAGCCAGGCCAGUAGCUGCUCAGGCUGAUGUGAUGGAGAGGGAGCUAGAGAGCUGCCUGAGGCAGGAGUACACACCAGAGAGCCUCCCGCUGCUGCUCCACCAGUUCUACACAGAUCGGAUUUCCCAGCUGGUGCAGUUUAAAUAUCUGUGCAUGCUGCGAUGGAGAAGGUUUUGUCAGCACUCUGGUAUAAUUGAACAGCUCUAUCCUCUGUACAAGAAACAACUAGAGUACAUCAUGAAGGAGUAUGACGACACCGUGCAGAGAGCUCGGAGACUGUCUGUUGCCAGGGAGAGUUUUCUGACAGAAAAAGGGAUGCCGGUUAAUGCUGUGACCCAAGAAGACUUGGUGAUCUACCUUCAGUGGCUGGUGUGUCAUCUUCAGUCUGUCAAGACCAUCCACAACUACCUGCGGGUGCUACAGUACCUGCCUGUGUCUGAGAGGAUGGAAGUGAGCAGCACGAGAAGCUCUGAUGGAGUUCAGGACCCUGGUGACACAAUCAGCCUAAGUGACUCCCUGUCCUCCUUCCUGCGCUCUCCUGCGCGCCCCAGCACAGCGGUGUCCAGCCUGUCUGGCUCAGCAGGAAAAACUCUCUCAGCAUCCCCACUCCAAAGCGGACUUCACAUUAUGGUUUCUUCCAUCAGCAGUCACACAGUUAUGACAAACAUUGAAGGACUGUAUAGAAGUGAGGUCACUGCAUUACUGCCAGUCCAGCAACUGGAACUGAAAGAGUUUAAACCCCAGCUCCAGUACCUGAUUUCACACUUUCAGAUUGACUACAACACAGAGGACCUCAGAAACACUGCAAACGAGAUGGAACUAUUUACUCUGGUUGCUCGUAAAUUUAGACUUAUCUUUAAAAAACAACAAACUAUGAAAACCUUCCCGAUUUACGGUGCCACAGAGUCAGGGACAGAUCAGUGGGGAAUGAAGAAACCCAGCAUGGCCCUAAAGAAACAAGCUAACUGGAUUCCAUUUAUAAAGAUAACAGCCAAGCAUGAUCCCUGGCAGCAAAAAAUGAUAACAAAACUAAAGCAGGACAGAUCUGUGGAUGAACUUCUACACUUGCAUUCCAAGUUUUUCCAGGUGUCUGAUCCAGACAGGCUGAUGGAGGCCCUUAAAGAACAUGCAGCCACAGUUUUUGAGCCUGAGCCCAUCCAGCCCUUGUCAGUGACAUCACAUCCCACUGGACAGCACACCAAUCAGAUCUGGAAGAGAAUAUACAGCUCUCCAGACUUGUUUCAGGCACCUAUACCUGAAGAAAGCAGCCAACCUGAGUCAAACGAACAGGAAUCAGAGAGUGUUAACCAGAGCAAACGCCCCGGCUCUCAGAAAAAGAAAAAAGAAGAGGGCUAUUGCUAUAUGGAUACCAUGCAGCUGCUGGGGUUAGAUGAAGGCAAAGAGGAGAACAUCAAAGACCCAGUCAUGAUGAGAGGUGCCUACCUGUCCUUCCUCUACCUGCGCCACCUGCGAAUCAGAGAGCUGCAGCGCAUAUGUCUGGGAUUUCUGAACUACUUUCGUUCUGUGGAGAGGACCCUGACCUUCAGCAUUGCAGGCCUCAGCCUGGAUGGGAUGAAACUGACCAAAACAGCUGAGGAUUCCUGCUGGGUGAACGCAGCUAGAGGGGGCUCUGGUACUGCUGGGGGACUGGGCUCUCACCAGUAUCUCCACAACACACCUGCUGACUACAAGGUGCACAGCGCUGAGUUCAUGGAAUUCCCUGAGGUUGAAAACUAUGAUGAUUUCUACACCACAGAGGACAGCUACAUCCACACCCAGGACCAAAGAGGAGUGUAUAUCAUGUAUGACGAGGCUGUCAAGGACCUGCAGGAGCUGGAGAAUGUGCUUCUUCUUGUGGCUUCUCAGUACAUCGAGAAAGACAAAGGUCACAAAGCCAACAGGCAGUCCCAUUCUUCAGCUUGCCUACAGGCCCCUGGAACAAACCUGAAUUUCUGGGCACACGUGGAUGUUGAUCGCUUUGCAGUUUUGCUUGAGCUGUGGACCUGUGAAGUUGCUUUUCUUAAAAAUAAACAGCAGCUCCUGGAUUGUUAUUUUGAGGCCUACCAGCACGUGUUGGAUCACGAGGAAAGGUUUGCAUUGGCACAAGUCAUAACGGACAUCAUGCACAAGAGACCCCGGCUUGAGAUCAGCAGCCAGUACUUUGUCACGGCCUACGAAGAGGAGUGCGUCUGUCUGCAGUACCACCAGCAGCUCAUCAGGGACAUCCUCAACAAGCAGAUAGAUGAGCAGCGGCAGUAUGUCCAAAGAGUUUGGAGGGAUGGUCAGAAAGGAAAUGUAUAUGAAUUUGGCCUACCUCCAAACUAUACCCCCAAGCAACUCAUUGCCAUCAAUAACAACAGCUCUGCUCUGAGGAAUGUGUUUCUGCUGGAGUUCCACCCAUCCCUUGGCCUGGCUUCCAGGAUCCCUCAGGCACUGAACCAGGCUUACAGCGAGCUCUGCCAGCUUCGCAGGCCCCAGUCGGUCCAAGAGAGUGUCGCCCUGGAGAAGCAGCUCCUGCAGCUGGCUGUGGAGAAGUGGCAGGCUCUGGAGCCACCCGGAGCCUCCUACAGCACACCAGUACAAAAGGAUCUAUUUUCAGGUAUCUUUUUUGAAGACCCUUUCUUUGUGAGAGACGUUGGGUUUUCAGCACUGGAGUUUGCUGAGGAGGGUGAAAAGAAACAGGGCAGAGAAAAGCAAGCCUUCAUUGUGGAGACCUUCUCCAGACUUCUGGAACUCAUCACGCUCCGCCAUCGCUUGAUUGAGUCUGCCUCAGAGACUUCACAGUUAGCUCAGUUGUACAGGACCUUCUCUGCAGAGAUGGGCUUCAAUGAGUUUCACUUGUACCUGCGGCCUGUGCAGUUUGAGUUCGCAGCUCACAGGGAGAAGGCAGACCAGCCGCCCCCUGUGUUCAUCACUGCCCUGUUGGAGGAUGACAGCCAGGUGGACAGAUACACUCCAUCCAGUUUGCUUUUGGGGAUUCAAGAGAUUGAUGAAAAUCAAAUUGGAAAGUUCAGUUUUCGGACUCAGGAAGCAGUACUUCAACUGCUGUCAACGUCUGGGAUAGAGAACAUGCAGGUCGUGCUGGCCUGUCAGGUGACGCAGAAGAAUGCCCUCAUUGGUGCAGUGAAGCAGGCCUCGCUCUGUCACCAGGCCCAGCAGCUCUCUCAGAAGGUAGAUGACACGCAGGUUCAAAGAGGGUCUGCUGGCUCGUGGAGUCGAGGGAGCUCAGCGACUGGACCAAACUCCUUAGCUGCUAAAGAGCUAGAGAGCCAAUUUACUGCACCAGGCAUCUCCUCCAUUUCAGCAAGACCAAAACUAGGGGCUGGGGCUAGAAGAAGGCCUCCUGAAGCCUUUGUGUCAAUUCAGUUAGAGAAGGCGGGCCCCCGUGAUGUGAUGCUAAACACAUUCAUUAGUAAGAAGCAAGCCAUGGGCACCAUCAUGAAGAGUCCUGAAGAAGCACAAAAAGUUAAGAGGGGGCUAAUUCUGGAAUUCUGUCAAAAGUUCUGCCAUCGUAUGUGUCAGUACUCACUGAGGGGUCAGAUUAUUGAAUACUAUAACAGUCUGGCAGCACUGCUGGAGGAUAUCCCUUCCAUCAGGGACACCUACUUCAUGCUGGGCCAACCACACGAGAGGAAAGGAGAGAGGGACUCUGAGGAGGGGCUCAACUCCGACCCCAGGUGCUUCCAGCGCAGGCCUCGCUGUUUACUCUCUGGAGACGGGGAGUCAUUCCUUAACCUGUGGUUCAUCCCUCAUUUCUCAGAGGUGUUAAUCAUGUUCAAGUCCCUGGAGGAAAACACCUGCCACAGAUCACUUCAGCAGACCCUACAGAUUGUGGGAGCGUUGCACGACAUUGUCUCCUACCUGGUCAGCUUCGCUCGCCUCGGAAACUAUUCAGCUAUCAGCAGGUCCAGAAAGCCCAAGCAGCUCACUGCUGACUGGGGAGGAACAGAAGGAAUUGGUGCUGAGCUUCAGGAGAUUCAGAAACAGAUCGAUGACCUCUGUGAUCCAGCCAGUCCCCAGGAAGUAGGCAAGCUGCUUCAUCUUCGAAGAGAUAUCCUGUUCUUGCAGUUUGACACAGGUGUACGGCACUUGAUCAGGGAAGCUUUCCUGGCAGCAGGCAACAAAGAGGCCUAUCAGACAGUGACAGACAACAUGUACCACGCUUUGCCUGCCCUGAGUACCUCUCUCGUCAGCAGUGUGUGCAGCUCACAGAUUACUGUGCCCCAGCCAUUGGACCCAAUCAGUGUCAGGGCUCAAAGGUUGUUUCCCUGGAGAAGUUUCCAAGCAGGACAUGGUGCAUUCCCACUCUCUAUCUGCAAUAUUCAACCAAUAGAAUACAAUAUGCAGCUCUGCCUCUCUGGGCUGAAUGACCGCAAUCGCAACGUGGCCAAUGGGGAGAUCCUGGGGGUGUCAUUGCUGAUGGAGGAUGUCCUGCAGAGCAGCCAGGAUAUGAUUAAUUUCAGUUUGCAGGGUUGGGAGGAAGAUAAUAACUCUAAAGUCACUGAAAUGCAGCUUGCCAUCAGCGGGGUAGCAGAGCUUGAAGAUCAGCUGUCUCCAGUAGAAGGGAAGGUAUCUUCUUUCCAAGCCCUGCUGCAGGACCAUAUAGAAGUGUACACCCUGCUGAGAGCCUUCCUGGUGCUGUGGAAACAGUUGGAGGUGUUUAAGGCAGAGUGGGGGCGGCAGCGGCUGUGCGUGGAAGACAUCAACACAGUGUCCCUCUACAAGCAGUUCUCGAAGAUCUACAGAGUGGAGAUUCUGUACCCCACCAUGAAAGUCAUAGCCAGACAGCUGGGGAAAGAGGACAAGUUUGAAGGACUGGUGAGCGACACGCAGCCCAUCCUGCUCCCCAAAGGAGCUUCUGAGGUGGAGACCAAAACACAUCAGCUUCAUAAACUGCUGGAAAGUCUGGAGGGCCACAUGAUUCAUGCUGUGCAGAAAAAGAUCUCGAAGGAGCUGACGCUGGUCAUAUCAGAGAGGGCACGGCAGGACACAGGGCUCCCAGCAGAGCUGUGGAAGCACCCUGUCAUGAAGGAAAGCUUUUCAGCUGUCAGACCCCAGAUUGUUGAAAGUUUUCUGCAGACAUUGCUGGAGAGGUGUGAAGAGAAUAAAGACAAGCUUACAUUCACUAAAGAUCAUUUAGAGGCAUGCCUUACAUCUUUGGCAUGUGAUGUCAUGGCCAGGGAGCGCAGUAACUUUGAGACAUACUCCAUGUUUUAUGAGAAUAUCCUUCAGCAGGAACAUCAACUGCUUUACCAGAAGGAACAGGAUCUGAAGACAUUGGAAGAAUCCAAGACACAAUGUGAAGGACUUGAGGGUCAGACGGCGGACCUCAGUCAUGAGAUGAUUGUGGAGAUUACAGCACUGAGGGCCAAGCUGUCUAAUCUAGAGGAAGAAAAGCAGAGCCUCAGGGAGGAGGUCAGGAAAGAGGUCCAGCAUGAAUAUGAAGAGCUGGUUCGAAGCAUGUUUGUAGCAUGUUAUCAUUUACAGGUGAAGUUAGAUGAAUACCACGUGAGGAUGAACCAGGACGUGAGUGAUCUGGUCACUGAGGUGCGGAGAGAGGGGGUUGAGAACAUAAUAAAACUGAAGAAAAAGUAUGGCUCCACCAAAGAUGACGAGGCACUGAAGGGAACCUUGGCAAGGCAAGAGGAGCUGCAGGCACUGCGAGGGGAGAACAGCCGAUUGGAAGGCCUACUCUGUAAGCUCAAGUCCCUGGGCUGCUGGAGACAAACUGUGAAACAGGGCCAGCUUCGCAAGCAGCUCAGACAGCACCAGCAGGAGGCAGUACUGCACAAGAAGGAGUGCCUGGCAGUGAAGAUGGUUGCAGAGGAGGAGGAGAUCCUGCUACAACAGGAGCUGGAGGCUGUGAGGCAGGCUCUGUCCAAGUGUCAGAAAGAGUACAUGACGAUAAAGAAACAGCUGGGCAAGCAGAGACAGCUGCUGAAGGAGUCUGAGCACCGGGCGGCCGAGGAGACUCGCAGCCGGCAGCAUCUGGACAGCAUGAAGGCAGCUAACCUGUGGCGGCUGCUGGAGGACGUGGAGGAGAAGGAGAAGCAGCUGCAGGUGCUCACUGGAGAGCUAGAGAACAACUCCAAGACCACCCAGCUCCAGAACCAGAAGACAGACAAGGAGAUCAGACAGGUGAAAAGCCAGCUUUCCCUCGAGCGCAGCUUGAAACAGGACGCCUUCCAGCGAGUUGAUGAGCUGCAGAGUCAGGUGUACGACAUUGAAGCAACUCUGUCCCAGAGGAACUCCUCUGCAGGUGUCAUUAAGAAGCCCCUGAUGUCCAGAAGAGCAAGCAGCAUCACAAGUAUACGGCCAGGCUCUGCAAGCUGGAAUUUGCUCUCAACACACUCAGCCUUCGUCCUGUCAAGAGACUAUCAGCAGCCCUCACCCACACUGGACAGGAAGGCUGUCAACAGCAUCGGCACCACUGGCAAAGACACACGGCUUCAAAGACCCAAAACUGUGCCAAUUAGGCUCGGGAACAAGGUUGCAGAAGCUCUCUUACCAGACCUUGAAGAAGUCAACCCCCACAGGCUGAUCACACAGCUGCAGGACCUUCGACUCAGCAAGAAGUAGCUGCAAAAGACACGCCCAGGACCUUGAGGUACCAGCACAGCACUAAAGAUGACUGUUAUGGAACUAGGGUGCAGUCAUAGAGUGAUUGUGUAGGGUCAGAAAGGUCAGUCAUUUCACUGGAGUACUGGAGACUGUUUGUUAACCAUUUGGUUGGCUGAGAAUGUUCUAGCUUGUCAAGAUUCCCUCCAGUGUUGUAGCAGUCUGGUUCAUGAACCAAACUUUGUAACAGCAUACCUUUACCUGAAUACUUGUGUCACAUUCCCAAAUCAGUGCACUAUGCAAAUGGUGAAAUGUAAGUUCUCACUUCUCAUCCAUGGUCGACUCAGCCUUCUCCCAUCCUGGAGGGAUCAGCUCAUGAUGCAUUUCUGUGAGAAACUCAUUGAAUCGGCCGACAUAUGGCAUCCCUAUUUACACUGCUUUGACAAGCCCAGCUCCUACACCCAAAGCAAAUAAAUGCAUCUUUGUGUCUGCAAGGUGUGGAAAUUGGGGUCUUUUGUGUAGCUUUAGCAAUAAGGAAGCAUUUACUGUAAAUAUGCAGGCUUUUAGACAGUAUGCUGUUGCAGACAAACAAAUAAUGUGUAAUCUAUUCUUUUUUAUAAUUCUUUUUUGAGUAGUAUUGUAAAAAUAAUUAGGUUGGUUAACAUGUAAAUGAAAAUAACUGUCAGAUCAUUCCAUGAACUAUAUCUGUUUAUACUACACAUGUGUUGCAGUUGUCAAAAUGUGAUGGAUUUUAAUGCUUGUG